AUGAGUAGAGUACACGUGCAGCCGACGCAUCAGCCAAUGCCCUAUUAUCAAUCAGCUCCGCUUCAACAGAGAGGAUAUCCGGAGCCGCCUCAAUACAAUCAUCCUCAAUCACAAUGGAUGUCGAUACCUCGUUCAAUGCAGCCCGGUGUGCCAGCUGGACUAAACUAUUUGACGGAAUUAGACUGGUUAGCAUUUAUUCAAGACUUUAGUUUAUCAGAAAUUAUAGUAGGUGGUGAAUAUUUAGUGUAA